AUGGCUAAGCACUACAAGGCGAUCUCCGCAAUGCCGUAUGAGGCUGAGUUGUACGCGCACCUGCAGGCGAGCGAGAGAUCGAAUGCUGGCGCUGACGCUGCGGCCGUCCUGCACGCAGACUCCGAUGAGGCAAUGCGACGUCGCCUCGGCAUAUUCAUUGACCCCAUCGACGGCACCAAUUGCUUUGUAGAGGGCAUCUGGCAAUCCCCGAUGACGCUCGUGGGCAUCACGCUGGACGGCGUCCCCAUCGCCGGCGUCAUGAACCGCAUCUUCUACUACCCGCUGACGUGCACCGACGGGCCAGCUGCGACGGAGCCGCAGGAGAGGGCCUGUGUGCCCAGCCUGUCGGUCGUGUUGAACACGCCAGCUCUUGCGUCGCCUUUUGUGGUAUUUGACGGUGAGCUGGUGCCGGCCCCGAGGCAGACGGAGCCGCAACUAGAGUGCACCUGCGAGACGCCGCUUGCCGUGUGUCGCUCGAGCACCACGAAGGAGGUGUUUCUCCAGCCCCUGCUGACACAGCUGGAGCCCUGCAACGCCGUUUAUGCCCGCGGUGCGGGCUACAAGCAGUACCACCUGCUCAAGAAAAUGCUGACAGGGCACCAUGUAGUGCAUGAGGUCAUCACCCCAGCCGACAUCUUUGUAUGCCCACCUGCGACCAUCAAGAAGUGGGACUGCUGUACCGCGCACGCCUUCCUCUACGCGCUCGGUGGCGAGAUUUACGACCAGAAUGGUGUGCCGAUUCGCUAUCCGCUCGUUGACACAUAUGGUGCGGCAGCCACCUCCCCGUCUGCGAUUGCCGCGCUGACGGACGGACUGAUAGCGGUGACUCCGUACGCGAUGCAUGAGGUGGCUCGACGUCUGGGGUGGACGCUGACGCUCGUGCCGUAG